GUCAACUGAAGCUGAACAUCUGUUGUUGAGAGAGACGAAUAACCUAAAAAAUCCUUGGAUGUUGGAUCUAUUCGAUAUUAGAAUUUUUUUGAAAUAAAGGAAGAUUAACUUGUUGAAAAUAUUAUAUAUUUGCUAUUAUGCCUACAAUAUCAGUAAAACGAGAUGAGUUGUUCAAAGCUCUUGGCAAAAGCUAUACUGACGAUGAAUUCCAAGAUUUGUGUUUCGAAUUUGGCUUGGAGUUAGACGAAGUCACAACAGAGAAACAGAUGUUGAUGAAAGAACAGGGUGACCAGGCUGGUGCGGGAGUUUCUGAGGAGAUACUGUAUCGGAUAGAUAUCCCGGCCAACAGAUAUGAUCUGCUUUGUUUGGAGGGGCUAGUUGAUGGCAUCUUGGUAUUUCAGGGAAAGAAAGCCCCUCCGCAAUACACAUUGGCUAAGUAUGAAGACUGCAAUUCUCUGCAUCUCACCCCAGAAACAGCAAUAGUCAGGCCGUAUGCUGUGGCAGCAGUAUUAAAAGGAGUCACCUUCACUAAGGAGUCUUACGAUAGUUUCAUAGAUUUGCAGGACAAAUUACAUCAAAACAUUUGCAGAAAGCGGACAUUAGUGGCUAUCGGUACACAUGAUCUGGACACCAUCAAAGGUCCAUUUAUAUAUGAUGCCCUGCCUCCCAGUGAAAUCAAGUUCAAAGCACUUAACCAGCAAAAGGAAAUGACGGCUCCCGAACUUAUGGAAUUAUAUUCAAACCACGCACAAUUGAAGCAGUAUCUAGGAAUAAUCAGAGACAGCCCAGUGUACCCUAUAAUUAAAGAUAAGGACGGAGUGGUUCUCUCGAUGCCGCCCAUCAUAAAUGGGGACCAUUCCAAGAUCACGCUUGACACAAAGAAUGUCUUCAUUGAAUGCACUGCCACUGAUCUUACUAAGGCUAUAGUAGUACUAGACACAAUCGUGUGCAUGUUCUCAAAGUACUGCAGCAACCCAUACGAGGUGCAGCAGUGCAAAGUGUUCGCCCCGGACGGCACUUAUGAGUUGUAUCCCAAGAUGGAGUACAGGGAGGAAUCAAUUGACGUCGAGAAAGCUAACAACUAUAUUGGUAUUAGCGAGCCAGCCGCCAGUCUGUGCCGGCUGCUGUCGCGCAUGUGCCUGCCGGCGCGGGCGCGGGCGGGCGCGCUGCGCGUGCGCGUGCCGCCCUCGCGGCACGACGUCAUACACGCCUGCGACCUCUACGAGGACAUCGCUAUUGCUUACGGUUACAAUCGCAUCGUGCGAAGAGAACCGCGCGUGGUAACAGCUGGAGGUCAGACGCCGAUCAACAAACUGACGGAGCAGCUGCGAGGGGAAUGCGCACACGCAGGAUACACGGAGGCUCUCACCUUCACUCUGUGUUCAAGAGAAGACGUCUCCACGAAGUUGGGAGUCAAAAUAGAGGAUGUUCCAGCGACACAUAUUUCCAAUCCCAAGACUUUGGAGUUCCAAGUGGUCAGAACCACGCUGUUGCCUGGUUUGUUGAAGACUCUAGCCGCUAAUAAGAAGAUGCCGUUACCUUUGAAAUUGUUCGAAGUCAGCGAUGUUGUGUUAGCUGAUCCAGAAGCAGAGACCGGCGCGCGUAAUUGUCGCCGCCUGUGCGCGGUGCACUGCGGCCGGUCGGCCGGCUUCCAGUUCGUGCACGGGCUGCUGGACCGCGCCAUGCUGCUGCUGCGGCAGCCGUGGCGGCCCGGCGGCGGCUACCACCUGCGACAGGCUCAAGACCCAGCGUACUUUCCCGGGCGCUGCGGCGAGGUGUUACUCUGCGGGCGAGUGAUCGGCAAGAUCGGGGUGCUUCAUCCCAACGUGCUGGCCGCCUUCGACCUCACCAACCCCUGCUCGGCUCUUGAAAUCGACAUCGAGCCGUUCCUGUAAACCAAUCAGCCAUCUGGAGAUCGAUUCGCGAAAGUUGACAAGGUCUUACAACCCUCUGUUCUCAAAAUUGACAUCAAGCCGUUCCCGUAAACCAAUCCGACCUCUGGGAGUUUAUUCAAGAAAGUUGAAAAAACAUAUGUCUUUACUUUCAUAUCUAUAUUUGAUGUUAACCUAAAAGGAAGUCGAUCGUGAAUAACUCCGCUGGUCUUACCACGUCAUAUUGUCAACAGCUAUGAAGAAAGCCUUUGAGAACCGUAACAGUUAUAUAAACAUAGGCAAAUCGCUGUACAAUAAUCUGCAUUUGUUUAUGUCUUAGAAUGAAAUUAAAAUUUGCUGACUACUUAUUACCUUUCAAGACAGAUCUGUUUGUCUCAAAAUAUUAUGUAUUUGUAGUCAUUCCUCAAACUUGAUUUAGCCUUUUACUUUCGCAUUUAUAAAAAUAGGAACAUCAUCUUGUAAAACAGAUCAAUGUUUGUUUCUUUCUAAACAGUUACAGGACUGGUAAUUAAUUUUGAUACAGUUAUGUUACAUAUUUAUUUAUUGGUAAAUACAUUUUUUAACGGAA